ACUGCCCUGUUGCCUGGCACGAUGAGCACCGAGGACACACACAGAAGCCAACCAUUAUACUGGAGGCUGUGGUCGGGCCCGACCUAUGGUUUUGGCACGCCUUCUUUGGUCUCCCUGGGUCACUGAACGAUAUCAACGUUCUCCAUAGGUCCCCUGUUUUUGAUGACUUCGCCUCUUGUAAUGCCCCUGCUGUCAACUUCACCGUGAAUGGUCACCAUUACGACAUGGGGUACUACCUGGCAGAUGGCAUAUACCCGGAUUGGGCGACACUAAUCAAAGGAGUUCCUAGUCCAGUUACUGAGAAGCAGAAGCUCUUCACUUUAAAGCAGUCUGCUUACAGGAAGGAUGUCGAGCGAGCAUUCGGUGUGCUACAAGCAAAAUUUGCAAUUGUCAAAUGUCCUGCCAGAAUGUUCAUGGUAGCAGAUUUAAAGAACAUCAUGAGUUGUUGUAUUAUCCUGCACAACAUGGCAAUUGCGGACGAGCGAGGACUUCCGCUGGCGACCAUUGAUGACUUCGAAGAUGCCACUGCACCUGUGCUUCUCCCGAGGAACGUGCCAAGCAUACAGACUUUGAUAGCAAACCACAAAAAAAUCGAAGAUCGAGGCAUGCAUCACCGGCUGCAGGAAGACCUCAUGGAGCAUGUGUGGAACGAGUGUGGCAGCACCUGGGGAAAUUUGAAGGGAUAAAGGUUCUAUAGUUUUGCCAUGAGACAUUUGCUUGUAGAAACUGCUACGUCACAUGAGACAUUUGCUUUUAACCUUUGUCCAAAAUUAACUUUGAAAAAUUCUUCAAGUAUCGUAAGAAAACGUCCGAGA